AUGCCCGGAGCUCUUAGCCUGGCGGCAAGCGUCAUCGCCGUUGUUGACGUGACCGCAAAGGUCGCCGGAGCCUCGAUCAAGCUCAUCAAUCUAUGGAAAGAGAUCCCAAAUAUUUCUGAUGCGCUGCUCAAGGAAGACGAAAGUCCCCAGGACUUUGAAGAUUUUCUUCUGGAUACCGAGAGCGAAGCUGCCAAAAUCCCACUUCCGCAGCAAGUCUAA